AAAUAAACAAAAAAAGUAAUAAUGUAUAAAUUUAUUGGGCAUGUCGGAAAAGUUGGCAGCCUGUCCGUGGCCCUUCUGCAGAUCGCCGUCAGAAUGAAGAUGCUGACGAACAUUUUAUCCUCCGUGCUGAGGCCUAAGGGCGCCGCGGGACAGCGCGCCCUGGCUCCCUUCAUGACAGCCGUGAGGGGGGCGGGAGGGAGCACCAACAAUGAGGCAAGCUUCGAGACACGCCCCUACAAGCUUCACCGCCUUGAUGAGCCACCCCAGGCCUCCACCACCUGCACUAGGGACGACGCACUCUUGUAUUACCGCCAGAUGCAAAUUAUUAGGAGGCUCGAAAGUGCGUCGGGGAAUCUGUAUAAGGAGAAGGCAGUGCGAGGGUUCUGUCACCUGUACAGCGGUCAGGAGGCAAUCUGUGUGGGGAUCCGUGGUGCUCUGCGACCCGAGGACUCUGUCAUCACUGCCUACAGGGACCACGGCUGGGCUUAUGUCAUGGGCUGCUCUGUUGUGGGUGUGAUGGCGGAGCUCACCGGGCGAUCCCAGGGUGUGGCACGUGGCAAAGGCGGCUCUAUGCACAUGUACACCAAGAACUUCUUUGGCGGGAAUGGCAUUGUGGGAGCCCAGGUGCCUGUCGGGGCGGGUGUGGCCUUGGCAAAUAAGUACCUGGACCGCAAGGCUAUCUGUGUGUCCCUCUAUGGUGAUGGUGCGGCAAAUCAGGGCCAGCUGUUCGAGGCUUACAACAUGGCCAAGCUGAUGAACCUCCCUGCUGUGUUUAUCUGCGAGAACAACGGCUACGGGAUGGGCACCAGUGUGGACCGCGCUUCAGCCUCUGUUAACUACUACACUCGCGGAGACUAUGUGCCGGGGAUAUGGAUUGAUGGCAUGGACGUGUUGAGUGUGCGAGAGGCUCUCCGCUACAGCAUUGACUACUGCACCACUGGAGGGCCGUCGGGGCAUGGGAGGGGGCCACUGGUGCUGGAGGUGGCCACUUAUCGCUACCACGGCCACUCUAUGUCGGACCCUGGCACCUCCUACCGCACCAGGGACGAGAUUCAGGAGGUGCGGCAAACAAGAGAUCCUAUUAUGUUGUUUAAGGAUCAGAUUGUCAGCGCUGGGUUGGCUACCGCAGAGGAGCUUAAGAAAAUCGACAGUGAGGUGAGGAAGGAGGUGGAUGAUGCUGUGAAGAUCGCCAAGACAGACAAGGAAAUACCCAUUCAAGAACUGGCUGCGGAUAUUUACGUCAACCCGCAGGAGACGACUAUCCGCGGCUGCACCCCUUACGACCCAUACACACACCAGCGCAUCAGGAAGGUCAUCAAUCUACACUAAGGUCAUCUGGGGUGUCAGUAAGGUCACUCUCUCUGGGGGUCACUCUCUCUGGGGUCACUCUGGGUCAUAUUAGGUAGUGUUAGGUGAAGUUGUGUCUCAUUGUUUUUUUUUCUUGUUUUUUUUCUUGUUUUUAUUUAUUUUUUUGUCUUUGUUUUUCUUAUUUAUUUUUGUGGUUUAUUUGUGUUUUUAUCUAUUCAGUGUCUCUCUCUCUCUCUCUCUCUCUCUCUCUCUCUCUCUCUCUCUCUCUCUCUCUCUCUCUCUCUCUCUCUCUCUCUCUCUCUCUCUCUCUCUCUCUCUCUCUCUCUCUCUCUCUCUCUCUCUCUCUCUCAGCACAAUAGAGACCAACAACUUCCCUUAACAAAAAGCUAUAAUAAAAAGUCAAUUAUUGUACAUAGCCUUAGAAAUUUUUGGAUGUAUAUUAUUAUUGUAAAAAAAAUGUGAAUUAAUUGACUGGUGAAUAAUAUAAGGAAAUAUU